GUAGCUUCCACCUCCACAGCACCAUGACCAGCGAGUGGACUGUGUCCAUCGACGACUCAAGCCCCCUCAUCCAGUACCUACCCCACGGGGAUGGUGGUGUUGGUGACUGGACGAACACCGGCUGGCAGCCCUGGUUCUCCGGUUCAGGCGGGUUCAACAGCGCGGGCGGAAACGACGGUGUAGGCGCGUCAUAUCAUGUUACCGCCUUUCCUGGUGCUCGUUUCGACCUCUUAUUCUAUGGCACCGGCGUCUCCCUACUUGGCAACACCAGCUGCUCGUAUACGGUCUCUAUCGACGGUGCCUCCGAGUCCUUCCAAGCAACUGAGGGCACAUUGUACUCCAAGGAUGGCCUCUCUGUAGGGACACACAAUGUGUCUGUGACCGCCGACGCUUCAGCCUCGGGUCAAUUUUGGUUUGAUCGUGCAGACAUCUCCCGUCCUCUUCCCGCAGGCGCCGGCGCUCCCACCUCAAUCGUAUACCAAGCGACCAACACCACAUUCCUGCAGUACAGCGGUGACUGGAAGGUUCAGAGCGACCCGAAUGGCCAAAUCCCGAGCAAAGACCACCCCGCGCCAUUUCAAGAGGUCCAGGACGCCCCUGCAUCGGUAUCCUUUUCUUUCGAGGGGAGCGGUGUCGCCGUCAACGGGUCGCGCAACUGGGGUGGCUUUACGUAUGAUGUCAACCUCGAUGGGAACGUCAGCACGUACAACGCUAGCACGAUGUGGUUGAUUGGCGACGCCUUGCUUUACUACCAGGAGGGGCUGGAUCCUCAGACGACGCACACGGUUAACAUCACACCUAGAGUGGGCGGCGGAUUGAAGUUCUGGCUCAACUCGGUCACACUGCUGGCGGACUCCGGCAAUGCCAUUGCUGGUGGCACAAAUAGCUCCAACAGCUCUACACCCACAAGUACAAGUACAGGUACAAGCUCUGCAAGCUCGAUUCCUAGUACGACGGGGUCGCCCGUCAACGACUCGGCAUCUGCCAGCAAGAAGACAAACGUGGGGGUAAUCGUCGGGCCCAUCGUCGGCGGGAUCGCCGUUCUGCUGAUCCUCGCAGCCCUUGCGCUUUGGUACCGCCGCAGGCGGCGCGCAGCCUCCACCGCCUACACGAAAGCCCAGUUCUCGCCGUCGCCGUACGUGCUGCCCUCCCCCUCCCCCACGCCCGCCACACAGGAAGCAGGCGCCUCCGCGCCAGGCACCCCCCGGCCGUCCAAACUCGCCGCUGAGGCCAACUCGCCCUACGCGGGCCUGCAGGCCGCACGCUCCCCGCAGAUGUCCUCGCACCCAAGCACGAGCUCCGUCGUGUCGUCGCCCCCGCCGCAGACGGCGCAGAGCCUGCCGCCCGGUGUCGCGGUCUCGUCCGGGGCGUCCGAGGCGUCGUCCGCGCAGCCGCAGUCGCCUGCGUCGGCGGCGGCGGUGGAUCGCCUCAUACAGAUCAUCGCGGACCGUAUCGACCGCACGCACCCGCCACCACCGAUCAGGUACGACUAUGGCGCGGACGUGCCGCCGCCGGAGUACGGUGCACUGUGAUUCUGAGGGCCCGAGGGGGCGUGGGCGUGUCGAGUUUUGUCAUGGUACUGUAAUAUUAUACCUCGCGGACGCUAGCGUGUCGUGCGCGUAAUGAUCUUGUCUGACUCUCGUUACUUCUUGCGGGGCUGGUGUCCAACUUACUGGCGCCGUAGCCCUUAGUUCACAUUCCUUUACGUCCCUGUAGCAUCUAUAGU